UUUUUUCCCGACUUGCUUAUCGUAUACAGUAGCAUUUUCCGACCAGUGUUUUUCUUCACCAAAUCCACCUCUCUAGUGCUUACCCGCAGUGAUUCCCGCACCAGUCGUCUCCUAUACGAACGAGAUCGCCGUGAACUGGAUGCUGUGCUUGUGUUGCGUUGCGUGGGCGAUUUAUUUAGCUGCUCUCAUCUCAGCUGCUUUUUCAGAUUACAAACAGUGGGAUGCUCAGAGGUGAAACCAACGAAUUUGUAGCCGAUUCAGAGAGUUCACAACCAGCAGUAGAAGCGUACGUAGAAUUUUCACAUCGCCGUGUGGAGUAAGGAAAACCAGCGAAAAGUCGUAGUUUAGCUCACGUCGCGUAGUCGGAAAAUUCCUCGCACGCGCUUGCGACGUUGGAUCGUGGUGAAAGAAGAUUGAUUUAUUUCGUAACAGCAGUAGAAAGCGAUAAUUGAGUGCGCAAGUUCUGGAAUAGGAAAAAUUAGCUAGCAGUCGCAGUUUCCUUUUUGGUAGUUCAAUGGAAGAAAAUUCACUGAAAGAAUUGGUUCCGAUUAAUCGGACUGUGGGCCGGAAUUUUAGCAAGCUAUCCUUGGUACAUCGCGUUUACUUUGCUUGCAAAGAUGGAUUCGCUAAGCUGCUGUUGGCCACGCUUAAGGAUAUCAGCUGUGAAAAUGAUCGGAAAGCUAUCGUUGAGCAGGAAAUCUGCGAAGAUGACCGGCAAAUCUACACCCCGCUGAUCGUUGCUGCAAUGAAUGGUCACUACGAUGUGGUUCAUAUCCUGCUGACCCAGCUGCAGCCGAAUCUGGAGAAGGAAGGCUGUGUUAAGUUCGAUGGGCACCUGAUCGAGGGAGCCACCGCGUUAUGGGUAGCUGCCGGUGCCGGUCACAUGAACAUCAUUAAACUGCUGGUGGAACAUGGGGCGGAUGUUAAUCAUCACACCAGCAAACUAUCAACUCCGGUUCGAGCUGCCUGUUUCGAUGGACGGCUGGACAUUAUCCGCUACUUGGUGGAUCAUAAUGCAAAUAUUAACUUUGCCAAUGCAUACAAUAAUACUUGUUUGAUGAUUGCUUCCUACAAAGGACACGUUGAGGUGGUGGUAUAUCUGUUGGAAAACGACGCACUGCCAAAUGAACAGGCCAAUUGUGGAGCGACUGCGUUGCACUAUGCAGCCGAGUGUGGCCACGUGGAUGUUUGUAGCACUCUGCUAGACUAUGGAGCUGUUUUCAAACGGAACGAAUAUGGAAUGACGCCUGUGAUUUGUGCAGCGGAGCGAACCAGGGAACCGGUAGUAGAAUUGUUCGUAAAUAGACCGGAGCUUCUGUCUCGGGAGGAAAAGAUUGAUGCUUUAGAACUGAUUGGAGCUUCCUUUGCUAAUGACAAAGACAAUUACAGUUUGGUUAAAGCAUUUCACUACCUCACUUUAGCGAUGGAGUUGAGAUUCGAGGACAGCGACUGCAUCCUACGUAAACCGAUUCUACCACCCGUCCCAGCCUACGAGCAUUGGAUUGAAUGUCAAACGAUGCAAGAUUUGCAGGCAAUUCGUUACAAUCACAAUUCAUUACACAUGGAGUCACUCGCCAUCCGGGAGCGCAUCCUUGGUCGGCACUGUCCGGAAGUGGCCCACUCGAUUGUGUUUCGCGGAGCGGUUUGUGCAGAUAACGGUCGCUUCGACCGAUGCGAAAGUCUUUGGUUGCACGCUAUGCAUCUCAGGCAGCACAAUGCUUUCUCCAUUCAGCGGGAUCUGCUCCGGUUUGCUCAACUUUUUUCCCAGAUGCUCUCUAUCAACGUUGUGCUGAGAUUUUCCAAUGUGGUUGAUGUGUUGACUGCCUGCGUUGCAGAGCUGGCUAUAAACCAGCUGAAACUGGCCAAUCCUGGUCCGAAAGAUUUGGUGGAGGUGAUAGCAGAGGAGUACGAACUGAAUAUUGUGACGGUGUUAUACUUGAUCACAAUCAUCACCAAGCUGCUGAAACUGAACAAUAUUGAUAUCACGGAGGAUAACUUGAAGGACGUGUAUCGGUUAGUUUAUAAACUGAACCAGAUGUCGGUACGGUUGAGAGACGAUCAAUCAUUGCUGCACUUGUCUGUGAAUGGAGUCACACCGGUCGACGAUUUCCACACGGAUGAUAUUUGCCGAUUUCCGUGUGUUGACACCGUCAAGCUGCUGUUGAGGUGUGGUGCUUCUGCAACUGUAGUUGAUGUCGAUCGGAAUACUCCGCUACACACGUUGUGCUUAACGCUGCAAACUGCUAUCACUCGAAUGGCUGAUAGUGAUGUAAAAGAAGUUGUCAAAGAUUUAACCGAACUUUUCAUCGACGCCGGUUUACACCUUGAUGCGGUCAACAACGACGGUCUUAGGGCGUCUCAAGUUUCCGUUCUAAACUCAGUGAGAACGUUCAUCAAGAGCUAUGAGACACGUUACCUCAACCUACAGUGUCUAGCUGCUCGCUGCGUAGCACUGCACCGUAUACCCUACAAGGACGUGGUUCCCCGCACGCUGGAGAAAUUUGUGCAGUUGCACUGUUCGGAAAAGUUCUAAUGAUUCGGGUUACAAACUUAACCGCCAUGAUAGCAAUCCUGGUUCUAUGGCAUACACGAUGCUGACUAACACUUUAUAGGCUCUGGAAAAGUACUAUAAAACCUGAAUUGUUACAUGAAAACUGCUGUGAAAGUCUUCCAAUGCAAGCAAUCAAUGUGGUGACAGCGAAACCGAAGUGGUGAUGAUGAGAUUAUUUUCUCUGCAAUUUUUGCUGUGGUUACUCUUUACUUGAUCUACAAAUAAAUUAAAUCAAAUUAAUUGUAA